AUGCCAGUUGGGCAGCCGAAUUCGAUUCCGGAGGACGGAGGUCCUCCGCAAGCCCCUCCACAAAUUUUAACAAGUUCAAUUUUGACGAGCCAAACGGGCCUUGAGGGGUCUUCUCAAAUAGUGGGAGACUCAGCUCCUACGUCGAGUCGGUCAUCCUUUGACUAUGCCAGAACCUAUUCCACUCCAGCGACCGGCUCGCAAACCCCAGAUCCUCUUCUGGGAAAUAAGAAUGUUUUCGAUAAGCAAGCGCUAAAGGUAUCGCAAACAAUCACCAGUUUGAGUCAAGCUGUCGAUGAUGGUCAUGAACUCAACUCUCUCGGCCAUCGCUUAACUAACCGAAAACCCUCGGUAUCCCGAGGCCGCGAUGAAGCCGAUGAGUCGGCAUCGCCAACUCGAAAGAAGCAAGGUGUUCCGCCUGAGCUUUCGAGUUUCACUGCCGAAAUUGUGCUCAUCAUGGUCUGUUCUGCGGGCUUGAUGUUAUUCUCCUUCCUUCUGGGAGAUAUGCUUGCUCCACAGGAGCAAUUAAAGCGUGCCCUCGGCAUCAACAACACCCAGCUGCCGUGGAUUGUGGGUGCUUUCAACACUGCGAACGGCCUGUCCGUGGUGAUCUCUGGGUCCCUAUCCGACCUGGCUCCUCCAAAGAGUCUUAUGGUGGGCGCCUUUGCCUGGCUAUCGGUGUGGAACAUUGUCGGAGCUUUCUCGCUGCAGCCUUCGCGCUAUGUUCUGUUUUUUGUCAUGCGAGCGAUGCAAGGACUGGCAAUUGGUGUCCUCGUGUCAGGAAGCAUGAGUAUCCUCGGGCGGGUAUAUAAGCCAGGGAUUCGCAAGAAUCGAGUAUUCUCUGCCAUGGCUGCAACAGCGCCAUUUGGGUUUUCGCUUGGUGCGCUUCAGGGAGGUGGGUUGAAUGGCCAUCUCGAGUGGAUCUUCGGAACCAACGCGAUCAUAUGUGCCUUGUGCUGUGUGGCUGCAUACUUUAGUAUCCCAAAGCUGCGACCCGUGGCUGAUGUUGCGGGCACUGAAGCCCCAACGCUACGACAGUUCGAUUACAUCGGAGGAGGCUGUGCGGCCGGUGGCUGCGUUUGCUUACUGUUUGGCUUGACGCAGGGACCCGUCACAGAGUGGUCUCCGUACACGUAUGCCCUCAUCAUUGUCGGGUUGCUUCUAUUAGUUGGGCUCUUCUUCGCUGAAAGAGCAGCUAUUCGCCCACUGAUCCCCAAUCGACUGUGGCGAACGCCCGGAUUCACUCCUCUGAUGGUAGCCUACUUCUUGGGCUUCGGGUCGUUCUUCGGUGCCUGGCAAUUCUAUGCCAUCCAGUUCUGGCUUCGUAUCCAGGGUGCCACGCCACUCGAUGUGGCCCUUUAUCACAUCCCGAAUGCCGUCGUAGGUGUUCUCGCGACCUGGGUUGUGAGCCGAACCAUUCACAUUGUACCUGGGCACUAUAUUUAUGCCGUAUCCAUGAUGGCUUUCACGCUCGGUCCAGCGUUCUUCAUCCCGCAGACAGCCACGACGAUGUAUUGGAAGCUCUCCUUUCCUGGUGUUGCUCUCGUCACGUUCGGUCCUGACCUGGCCUUUGCUGCUGCCUCCAUCUUUAUCACCAGCAACGUCGCUCGUUCAUACCAAGGCAGCGCUGGCAGUCUCUUGGUCACCAACCAGAACCUUUCUUCGGCAAUCAUGACCAGCAUUGCCGAUGCGAUUGGCACACGGGUUGACAGAGGACCGGAUGGACAAAUAGGCCUUGAAGGGCUUCGGGCUAUCUGGUGGUUUGCUCUCGCCGCACAGUUGACUGCCGCUCUUGUCACGAUUGUUUGGGUUAGAAUUCCGAAGGAAGAGGAGAAGGAGCACGUCACCUAA